AUAAUAUUAUUUUCAUUUUUGUUUAAAAAAACAUCGAUUUUAUUCUCCAUUCUCCUUUUUUGGGCAAGAUUGUGCAUCUAUAUGCUGUAAGAUUGUGCAUUUAUUCUCCAUUCUCCUUUUAUUCUCCUUUUUUGUUUUGUUCUCCGUUCUCCUUUUCUUGGGCAAGAUUGUGCAUUUAUAUGCUGCAAGUUGUUAGUCCCUUAUCUAGGGAAAAAAGUUACAUGAAGCACUCUUUGGCAUCGUAUUGUGUAUCUACUUCAGCUGAUUAGUUCUGAAAUUGAACUUGUUUUGUUAUCUACACAUUCUGAUCUGUGACAGUAUUGUCUUUCAGGCAGCAUGAAGGCCGUUUUUUACACAUGUAACAUAUCAGAUAUUGAAUAUGUAUUUAACUUUGUAGAAUGGCUGAUUUGGCUUCAUAACACCACAGUAGAAAUUCUAAUUGCUUGAAAUGCAUCAUCUUUUAUCGAUUUCAUUCUAGGCAUGUAGGCAGUAAUUUCUCUUUGUUUGGACCCCUUUCUGCAUUUUCUACCGAGUGCUGUCUUCUGUAAUGGUUUACCUAGUACCAUUUACUGCAAUAGGCUUUCUUGUAUGCAGUAAAUUAUCAUUUUUAUUCCAGAUCAGGAGUGUGAUAAAUGAUAUUUGUCUGGUUCAAAUGCUUGUGCUUGCAUGGCUGCUUCAUAUCCUUUUCCAUAUGUUUUUAUUCAUUUUGAAAAGAAAACUGAGCAUGUGAUGGUGAUGUGUUAUGUAAAUGUUACCAUGCAAAAGAUGCUCCCUGUCACAAGAGAAUUGCAAUUUCUAAGACUCAACAUACAAAAGCAAGGGAGCAGCAGCAGGCACCACCUCAACAGCAGCAACAACAUCAACAAAUUCAAAUGCAACAACUUUUACAGAGGCGGCAGCAGCAGCAGCAGCAACAGCAGCAGCAGCAGCAGCAGCAGCAGCAGCAGCAGCAACAGCAAUGUAGAGAGGGAGCUCAUCUUCUAAAUGGCACUGUGAAUGGGCUUGUUGGCAGUGACUCUUUAAUGCGGCAGAGUUCUGGAAUUGCUAAUGCCUUGGCAACAAAAAUGUAUGAGGAACGAUUGAAGUUUCCACUUCAAAGGGACCCUUUAGAUGAAACCUCUUCAAAGCAAAGAUUUGGUGAAAAUGUGGGUCAGCUAGUGGAUCCAAGCCAUGCAUCAUUGUUAAAAUCAGCUGCAACAUCUGGACAGCCUUCAGGGCAAGUUUUUCAUGGUUCAGCUGGUAGCUUAUCAGGGACUUUGCAGCAGGUUCAGGUUAGGAAUCAGCAACUUCCUGGAGCAACACAGGACAUCAAGACUGAGAUGAAUCCUGCUUUGAACCCUAGGGCUGCAGGUCCUGAUGGAUCGCAAAUUGGAAUUCCAGGAUCAAAUCAAACAGGGAACAACUUGACUUUGAAAGGAUGGCCUCUCACAGGACUUGACCAGCUCCGUUCAGGAAUUCUGCAACAACAAAAAUCAUUUAUGCAAUCCCCACAACAAUUUCAUCAACUUCAGUUUCUAAGUCCACACCAACAACAGCUACUUUUUCAAGCACAGCAGAAUUUGACAUCCCCAUCAGCUGGUGAUGUUGACAGCAGAAGGCUAAGGAUGCUUCUGAACAAUAGGAACAUGCUUCUUGGGAAGGAUGGUCAAUCAAACAAUGUUGAUGUCAUUCCAAAUGUUGGAUCUCCAACGCAAACUUCAUGCCCUGUUAUACCUCGUGCUGAUACAGAUAUGCUAAUUAAGAAAAUAGCUCAGUUGCAACAGCAGCAGCAGCAGCGAAGUGGUAGCCAACAGCAGCAGCUUCAACAGCAUGCUAUUUCAAGUUUGCAGUCACAAAAUUCAAAUUACCUUCUUCCUAAACAAGAAAAGCUCAGUACUGGCAAUGUAACAGUGGACGGAAGCAUGUCAAGCUCCUUUAGAGGAACUGAUCAGGCUUCAAAAACUCAAGGUGGGCGUAAGCGAAAGCAGCCUGUCUCAUCCUCAGGUCCUGCCAACAGUUCCGGAACUGCAAACACUGCUGGACCCUCUCCAAGCUCGGCACCCUCAACACCAUCUACUCACACACCAGGAGAUGCGAUAUCAAUGCCACAAUUGCAACAAAAGGGUGGGUCAUCUAAGCCAUUGAUCGUCUUUGGUUCUGAAGGAACUGGAACUCUAACAUCGCCAACAAACCAGUUAUGGGAUGAUAAAGAUAUUGAAUUGCAGGCUGACAUGGAUCGGUUUGUGGAGGAUGGAUCUUUGGGUGAUAAUGUCGAGUCUUUUUUAUCUCAUGAUGACACAGAUCCAAGAGAUACAGUUGGUCGCUGUUUGGAUGUCAGCAAAGGGUUUACAUUUACUGAGAUCGGAUCAUCCCAAGCGAGUACAAAUAAAGUCGUUUGUUGCCACUUCUCCUCUGAUGGAAAACUGCUAGCAACUGGAGGCCAUGAUAAGAAGGCUGUUUUGUGGUACACUGAAACUCUAAAGCCAAAAUCGACUUUGGAAGAACACACUUUGCUGAUUACUGAUGUUCGAUUUAGCCCAAGCAUGCCACGCCUGGCUACGUCUUCUUUUGACAAAACUGUGAGGGUUUGGGAUGCUGAUAAUCCAGGAUAUUCACUUCGUACUUUUACGGGCCAUUCAGCAUCGGUUAUGUCUUUGGACUUCCACCCAAAUAAAGAUGAUCUCAUAUGCUCUUGUGAUGGUGAUGGAGAAAUACGUUAUUGGAGCAUUAACAAUGGUAGCUGUGUUAGAGUUUUUAAGGGUGGAACAAACCAAAUGAGAUUUCAACCUUGCCAGGGAAGAUAUCUUGCAGCUGCUGCUGACAACAGCAUAUCCAUACUAGAUGUGGAGACCCAGGCUUGCAGGCAAACACUAGAGGGACACAGGAACCAUGUUGAUUCUCUGUGCUGGAAUCCUUUGGGUGAUCUUCUGGCUUCUGUUAGUGAAGACUCGGUCAGGGUGUGGUCGCUUGGUUCAGGAAGUGAAGGUGAAUGUGUGCAUGAGCUGAGUUGCAAUGGAAACAAGUUCCAUUCAUGCGUUUUCCACCCCACUUAUCCAUCUUUGCUUGUUAUCGGCUGUUACCAGUCAUUGGAACUUUGGGACAUGCCUGAGAACAAGACCAUGACUCUUCCAGCGCAUGAAGGUUUGAUUGCGGCCUUGGCAGUAUCAAAUGUAACUGGAUCGGUGGCUUCAGCAAGUCAUGACAAGUUUGUUAAACUCUGGAAAUAACCUCCUUUUCAAGCAGGAUUUCAGCUGCUGUUUGUAUCUGUUACAAAAGCUGCAGGGCUCUGGGCAAUAUCUACUUUCUGCUGGGGCCUGUUUUUGAUUGUGGUGCGGUCCAGAUAGGAUAAGAACUGUUUUCAGCCCUUGGUGACUGCGACCUCGUGUCUGGAUUUCUAACAUCAGUCAAGUCCAUUAUUGCAUCACAAAUAUUCUGCAUGUUAUACUUUUUUAGUGAUGGCUGCCGCUGCUGCUGCUUUGGCUGCUCUGUUUUACCAAACAGGUAGAUCUGAUUGAUAUUCGCUCAUACAUGUUUAUUAGCACUGCAGGUCCGUGCAGAGUCUCCAAGUUUCAUAUAUAGAGUUAUAAAAAGUAAGCAUCCUUCGACAGCAUCAA